UUCGCUCUCCCUAAGUACGGUCCUGGAAAUCGCAAUGUCGCUGGAAAAGUACCAAACGGAGCUCAUCGAGCAUAGUAUGGCCGUCGGGGCCUUGAAGUUCGGCACAUUCACUCUCAAGUCAGGCCGCUCUUCGCCGUACUUCAUCAACGCGGGGCUUCUCGCCUCGGGCCCCAUACUGGACACGCUCUGUUCCGCGUAUGCUACGACGAUCGCUCACGCGCUCCAGGCCUCGCCUGGCCUCCCGGAGUUCGACGUGCUCUUCGGACCGGCGUACAAGGGCAUCCCGUUCGCCGCAGGGACCGCUCUGCUCUUGCACCGUGACCACAAGAUUGAUGUGGGGUUCGCGUACGACCGGAAGGAGGCCAAGAAUCACGGAGAGGGCGGGAUAACGGUGGGGACGCCCAUCAAGGGCAAGCGCGUGCUCGUCCUAGACGACGUCGCCACUGCGGGCACGGCGAUACGCGGUGCGAUCGACAUCGUGAAGCGCGAGGGCGGAGAGGUUGUCGGAGCGGUACUCUUGCUGGACCGGCAGGAGGUUGGGCAGGAGGGACGCAGUAUGAUCGACGAGGUCGAGGAGCUUCUGGGCGGGAAGGGGCGCGUACCGACCAUCCUCAAGAUGCGCCACCUCAUGGCGUGGCUGCAAGCACACGAACGCACAGAGGAGCUGGAGAAGAUGCAGGCCUAUUGGGAGCAGUAUGGUGCCAAAGACGCGUUGGCUUGAACGCCGUCUGCAUGCGGCGCUCGGCUCGGAGGAAUGAAGAGACCUGAAAGCGUCGGCGACGGUUACAGAAUCACAGGCGAUAGAGAGAGGAGACGGAAGACCUUCGGCACAGAGGAAGUCAUCUCGCUUCUGCAGAAGGUAUCUUGUAUAUUAACACGAAGCUGGAACGCGCGGAUCCUUUA